AGUAUCGUAUGACAGCACCACGACCUGUGACACUUUCGGCGACAUGUUGAGGAAGUCUCAUUUUUUCCGCCUAAAUUAAGAUUUCUUGCCGUCGGCGGUCCCUUAUCACACAAUAUACUUUAGUAGACAGGCAUCGCGAACCUUUCCUAUUGUUGUGCGUGGAAGCAGGGGUCUCAUUGAAUAAAAAGUACAAGUCAAGAUGAUGUGGAUCAAGAUGUUCCGUUUCGCGUCGAUAGUAUCUCUCUUGAUGGGGAGAGCUGUCGUGGCUCAGACGAACAUGGCCAAAACAGCCAACAAAGAUGCGGAGCAAGAUAAAUUGAACACGGCCCGUGGACGAUGGAACGCUCGCUUGGACAAUCUAUAUUACGACUACGUCUGGAAUCAGGAGUGCAAUAUCUGUUCUUCCAUAGGAGAUUAUCCCUGGAGAGUCCAAGUGGAUCUGUCGACCCCCAUGGGUGUCAACAGCAAGGAUACGGUUCCCACCGACAUUCGCACUGUCGAAUACAUGUUUGACGACAUUCAAAAUGCCAUUUUCGAUUCGACGUGGUACACUUAUGGCGAAUACGAUGGUACCUACGGAUACCCGUACAUGUACCAAAUCCAGCAAGGCGAGGCGGAGAGCAAUCUCUACACGAACCGUGUCACCAGUUUCCAAACGGAGCCUUACGAUCGCAGUGGCAUGUACCAGACCAAUCGCAAUUUGUGGAAUGCCCAGCGCAAUGGAGGCAAUCUCUAUUACGAAUUUACCUACACGGAUUACGAGGAUCUACAGCGAGGCAUUGCCUGGCCUCUCAAAGUGACAGUCAGCAAUGGAUACGUCGUUUCCACACUCGACAACGCCCAAUUUCCCGUCACGAUUUUAACACCCAACACGAUCGAUCAGCUCUUUGAUCAAAUCGGACGAAAUUUGGAUAUGCAGGCACCGCUGGUUCUCAAUACGUAUGAUCCCAGUGUGGGAUACCCAUCGUACAUGGAUAUGGUCUCCACAGCCGGAGUCGGAAUGCCGGGUGUGGCCACCAAGAUGGAAAUUCACUCUUAUACUCCUUUGUAAUAAAAUUAAAAAGGGAGGGUUUAUAUCCUCCUGUUUGAUUUCACGAAUGGAAGGCAAUUUGCUACAACAAUUAACCUCAGACAAAACGUUAAAAUGUUUUUUCUUAGAACACAUUGGUGCAAUACUUACCCUGUUCUUGGGCAAAGGUCCUUGUGCUGGAGUUAGGCCUGCCACGGCACGAGCUACAUGUAUAUGUGACUCGCAUAGUUCUUAAUGCAUAAUACUAUUUUGAUCUGGAGCCAGGAUAUAAGCUUCACCCUCCUCGGGCACCGUUCACCUGCCAAAUAAAGAUUCUAGCUAGGAACUUGAAUUGGAUCCU